AUGUUAUUGCACCUCCCAUCCGAGCUUAUCUACUUCAUUGCGUCCUUUCUACCUACCGCGAGCUCUCUGAGCCGUCUCGCCCAGACCUGCCGUCACCUCUACAACAUCGUCGCAGCAGACAACUACCGCAUCUUCCAGGCCUUCGUCCAGGGCAGGUAUCCUGCUAUCACCGCUCCUCCACUCUGGCGAGAUGCCGCUCAUGCGCUUACUCUGCGUUCUCACGCCUUCGAUCGCCGCGCCGUGACUGGGCGGUUUGUUUUGACGCCGUCCAACGCAACCAGGAUAGGGAAUCCUAGGACUAUCCGGACAGACAGGCCUACUUUGGGAUACCGGCCGGUGAUUGAUAGCUAUGAAUCGUGGUAUGCGAACGACUGGUUUGCGAGAAAGGAGGUCCUCGCAUGGGGUGCUGGCGCCGAUGUGGUGCUGCGCAUAAAGGAUCUAGGCAGACACGGCAAUAGUGAGCUCGAGGUAGAUGGAGCCGGCAACCGAAACAGCUCUUACGAUGGUGCAAAAUGGAUCUUUUUUAACGACUUACAUGAUGUGAAUAGCUGGGAUGACGUUGCCGGGCUACAUCUUCUUGGUGCUAGCUCUUCAGCCGGUUCUGAGGAUCGUGAGGACCUCAUUCUCGGCCGUCGAAACGGAGAAGUCGUCCAUUUGUCUAUUUCGCCCAAUGCAGGGCGUAGCACGGUUAAAGCUCGCUUCGAUACCAACGGACACAAACUGGAAUAUACAGACCUCAGCGCUGGCCUUGAUAGAGUCCUUGCAGUUGCUUUGGACGGAGGAUCUAUUGCGUUCUACAAGCUCGACUCGGAAAGUGAAAAUGAAAGUGAAAGUGAAAGCGUGCAGCCUUUUGCUAGGUUGAGAACGAUUUCACAUGGGCCUUCGAGGAGUAAAUGCUCGAAGCUCCUUUCGAACCAACAGAUUGCCGUCGGGGCGGAUGGUGAAACCGCCAAGAUUGAUAUCUUCAAUUUUUGUCUCGAGGGUGUUCGAAAGGACCGUACUAUUCGGAUUGAAGAUGAUGAAGACGAAAGCACAUCGAGAAAGCCUCGGGUUACUACAAUCGUGUCACUGCCGGCCGCACGUUCCAGUGGAGCGAAAUCUUCGAGCCUCUUUCUAUCCGGCUGGGAAGAUAGUAAAACAAGGUAUCAUCCCUUUUAG